GUAGACAACUGAGAGGAUCUCCCAGUCCGUCCGCGUCCGGAGGAAACACCAGCGACAGAAACAAAGUCCGACAAACAACCGAGUACCGAAUAAAAACCGACAGAACCAGGAGAAGAAACAGCAGAGAAGAAGACAAGAUGGUGGCCAAACAGAGGAUCCGAAUGGCGAACGAGAAACACAGCAAGAACAUCACUCAGCGAGGGAACGUGGCCAGGUCAACGAGGAAUAUGAGUGAGGAUAAAGGUGUGGGUCCGUGGCUGCUCGCUCUCUUCAUCUUCGUCGUCUGUGGAUCAGCCAUUUUCCAGAUCAUCCAGAGCAUCAGGAUGGGCAUGUAGAGUGAUGUCACCGGCCAGGGGCGGGGCCACGACAGCCAGCAGCUGAGGAUGACGGAUGAAGGAGCUGGUGACGUCAUCAGACUGCGACGACCCCCCCCCCACACACACACACACACACACACACAACAAAACUGAACCCAACAGAACAUUCCUGAACUCUGCUGCUGCCAAUCAUUCCUCCUCAGAAACAACCGACCAAACACCCCCCACCCCCCCUCCCCACCGAGACCAACACCCAACCCCCUCCCCACCGAGAGCAACGACCAACACCACCCCCCACCGAGACCAACAACCAACCCCCCCCCACUGAGAACCAGUGUUUACUCCUGUUAUCUGUGUUGAUUUAAUGUGUCGCUGCCACUGACCUUCAGUGUUCCUGCCUGUCAACAGACAUGUGCCUUUAGCCCCGCCCCCUCUGAUCACACCUUAUCAGUACAACUCGUGAAGGGAGGGGUUAACUCAGACCAAAAUAAAUGAAUGUUUGUACCUGAUCAGGUUUUUGCCCCCAGUGGACAUGAGAUGAAGUGAUGAAGGUCUUUUGAAUCAGAAGCUUUAGGAGGUGCUGACAGGUGAGUCUGCACCGUGUGCAGCUUCACCUGGACGAUCUGUUCACACAAUAAAGGUUGAUUUUGAACUUGAA